AAGGAACGGAGCUUUACUAUCUCCAACCCCGCCAGGUUCAGUCUUUUGUGUCUGUAGAGAGUGAGAGAGAUUCGGACAAUUUGUGUCACGUUGUCAGCUUGAAAUAGGCCGAUUUGUCUCUAUAUAUCCACGCCCACCAGCCGCAAAGUCGAUAUCGCAAGAUGGCGGACAACAAGGUCUACCGCGCCAGCACGACGGCGCCCGUCAACAUCGCUGUUGUCAAGUACUGGGGCAAGCGCGACGCGAAGCUCAACCUCCCCACCAACAGCUCGCUCUCCGUCACCCUCUCCCAGGCCGACCUUCGGACCCUGACGACGGCCUCCUGUUCGGCCUCCUACCCCGCAGGCGACAGCCUCAUCCUCAACGGCGAGGCCGCGGAUGUCUCGGGCGCCCGUACGCAGGCCUGCUUCCGCGAGCUGCGCGCCCGCCGCGCCGCUCUCGAGGAGAAGAACCCCUCGCUCCCGAAGCUCUCGGCGCUGCCGCUGAAGAUCGUCACUGAGAACAACUUCCCCACGGCCGCGGGUCUCGCGUCGUCGGCCGCAGGCUUCGCCGCCCUUGUGCGCGCUAUCGCCGACCUCUACGAGCUCCCGGACUCGCCCUCGGAGCUGUCCCUCAUCGCGCGACAGGGCUCCGGCUCGGCGUGCCGCAGCCUGUUCGGCGGGUACGUCGCGUGGAGGAUGGGCGACCAGGCGGACGGCACGGACUCCAAGGCCGACCUCGUGGCCGAGGCGUCGCACUGGCCCGACAUGCGCGCGCUGAUCCUUGUCGCCAGCGCGGCCAAGAAGGGCGUGUCGUCGACGUCGGGCAUGCAGCAGACGGUGGCGACAUCGGGGCUGUUCAAGCAGCGCGUGGCCGAGGUCGUGCCGAAGCACAUGGCCGAGAUGGAGGACGCUAUCGCCCGGCGCGACUUUGAACAGUUCGCCGAGGUUACGAUGAAGGACUCCAACUCGUUCCACUCGUCGUGCUCCGACACGUAUCCCCCCAUCUUCUACAUGAACGACGUGUCGCGCGCCGCCAUCCGCGCCGUGGAGCAGAUCAACGCCGCCGCGGGCAAGACUGUGGCCGCCUACACCUUCGAUGCCGGCCCGAACGCCGUCAUCUACUACCUCGAGAAGGACACCGACGCCGUCGUCGGUGCCUUUGCGCCCAUUCUGGCCUCGGUCGGCGGGUGGAAAGAAGGCGUCGAGGGCGUCAAGUCUUCGGUCACGCUCGACGAGACCGUGGCCGGCAUCCUCAAGGGCGGUGUCAGCCGUGUCAUUCAGACGGGUGUUGGCGAGGGCCCGAUCAAGUCGGACAUCUACCUCGUUGGCGAGGACGGCCAGACCGUCCAGCGAUGAAGUGUCUGAUAUACCACUUGCAGAGAGGUCGAUUGAAGUAGAUAUGCGAUUGAAGCUGUUCAAAAAAUUGAUGUUCCGUAUAGAAGCUCAUAAUAUAAAUGCCAUAAACCUGUAUCUAUGGAUCUUUCUGAAGUUUACCACCAAAGAUGUGAGGAACAGGUGUUGUAAGCAUGGCCAUGUUGGAUGGGUGAAGUACUUUUAGC